UAUACUCCAUAAAAUUAUAACAACAAAGAAACCAUGACAAAGAAAAUGGAAGUUCUUCCUGUACUCUUUCUUACUCUCUCAUGUCUUCUAUCCUCCAUUUCUGCUCAGCUUCAAAUUGACUACUAUAAAGACACUUGUCCUGACCUCGAAUCAAUUGUAAGACAAACUGUCACAGAGAAAUAUGAGCAGACUUUUGUUACCGCCCCCGCGACCCUUAGACUGUUCUUUCACGAUUGCUUUGUUCAGGGUUGUGAUGCCUCCGUUAUCCUCAACUUGCCGAAUGCGGAGAAGGAUCAUCCAGAUGAUACAUCACUAGCCGGAGACGGGUUUGAUACUGUCAUCAAAGCAAAAGCUGCUGUUGAUAAGGAUUCUAGGUGCACAAAUAAGGUCUCAUGUGCUGAUAUCUUAGCCAUAGCAGCUAGAGAUGUUGUAGUCCUGACAGGCGGACCAGAUUACCCGGUGGAGUUGGGGAGAUUUGACGGAAGAAUCUCGACUACAGCUAGCGUUCAGAAUAAUCUUCCUAGUGAAAACUUCAAUCUAGACCAACUUACUACUAUGUUUGCUUCUCAUGGGCUUACUUUAACAGAUCUUGUUGCAUUAUCAGGAGCACAUACAAUCGGGUUCGCUCACUGUGGCCGCUUCUCAAAACGACUCUACCAAUUCAAUUCAACCCACCAAACUGAUCCAACUCUAAACUCAACCUAUGCACAAAAGCUGAUGGCAUCGUGUCCGCCAGAUGUAGAUCCAAGAGUCUCGAUAGACAAUGAUCCAACAUCCCCUAAAAUAUUUGAUAAUGCUUAUUACACUAACCUUCAGCAAGGAAUGGGUUUAUUCGGUUCUGAUCAGACCUUGUUUACUGAUUCAAGAUCAAAGGCAAUUGUCGACGCUUUUGCUGCCAACAACACUGCUUUUUUCGAAGCUUUCGCUGCUGCGUUUACAAAACUUGGAAGAGUUGGAAUUAAGACUGGAAGCGAAGGUGAAAUUCGACGUGAUUGUACUGCUUUGAAUUCAUAAACAGAAGAAUUGAGAUGAUACCUUCCCUAGUAAAGAUUCUACAAUUCAUUCAAGGAUGUAAUAUGCGCGUUCUCAAUGGAAACCAUCAUUUUUAUUAUU